UCUGUUAUUGCCACCAUCACUCAUCUUUCUACUCUCCAAUCGGAUCAUUACACAGCCCGGAACCCAAAAAUGGCUUCGUUUGCUUCACAGUUGGUCCCGCAGCUUCUCCUUCUCAUCUCUCUCUUCCAUUUCUCACUCGCUGCCAGAAGCCUGGACCAGUUGGUUCAGGAGCAGCCAAGCUCCACCUUUCGAUACCACAAUGGCCCCCUUCUCUACGGAAAAAUCUCUGUUAAUCUCAUCUGGUAUGGCAAGUUCAAGCCUGCCCAGCGAUCCAUCGUCUCCGAUUUCAUCACAUCGCUGUCCUCUUCUUCGUCUUCCAAGCCCUCCGUCGCCGGCUGGUGGAAGACCACCGAGAAGUACUACCGCCUCGCCGCCAAGACCAAGAAGCUCGCCUCCACCCCUUCCCUGUCUCUGGGAAAGCAAAUUCUGGACGAGGGCUAUUCAAUGGGGAAAUCUCUCUCAGAUGCCCAGAUCAAACAGUUGGCGGCAAAGGGCGGGAACAUGUACGCCGUUAACGUCGUUCUCACCGCUUCCGACGUCGUCGUCGGCGGAUUUUGCAUGAGCCGGUGCGGAACCCACGGAUCUUCCGGGAGCGGAAAAUCCCACAAGUUCGCGUACAUCUGGGUCGGGAACUCGGAGACUCAGUGCCCGGGUCAGUGCGCCUGGCCGUUCCACCAGCCGAUCUACGGCCCGCAGAGCCCGCCGCUGGUGGCCCCCAACGGCGACGUAGGAGUCGACGGGAUGGUGAUCAACCUUGCCAGCCUCCUGGCCGGAACCGCCACGAACCCGUUUGGAAAUGGGUUCUACCAGGGCUCCGCCGAUGCGCCACUGGAGGCGGCGUCAGCUUGUCCCGGAGUUUACGCAAAAGGGGCUUAUCCCGGCUACGCCGGCGAAUUGUUGGUGGAUCCGGCGACGAGAGCUAGCUACAACGCGCAUGGCGCUAAUGGGAGGAAGUACUUGGUUCCGGCGUUGUACGAUCCGGCGACGUCUUCUUGCGCCACUCUGGUGUGAAAAUUGGAGUUAUAUUACUGGGGACGAUACUUGUACUUUUACGUGUAGAGAGAAAAUAGGAAUAGAUUGUACUGAUUCGAUUCAUUCGUUUCUUAUGAUUUUGUAUUAAAUGAUAUAUACAACUAAGUUUCUUUUUCUUUAUA